CCGCGCUUUAUUGAGUCGUGAGGUUUUUUUUGCCAUUGUCUUCGGGAUUGUGCUGGUGCCAAAUACUGCCAUCAUAGUUGAAAAUUCUGUUACAACAUGCUAGUGUCGAUGCAGCGUCGCGGUAUCCUUUUUUUCGAUGUACACGUGUGCAUUGAACAUAUUGAGUCAUGAUGGACUUUCAAGUUGGACUUGAAGUAAGAAAAGGUGGAUUUGGUGACCCUAAUUAUAUCAGUCCAUCAGGACCUACAUAUAUCGCGAUUCGAUCUGCAAAACAUUCCAAAUCUUCGGCAUACGCUCAUGCCUUAGAUAUCCAGCGGUUGUCACAGCUACCUGAAUUCGACCAAAUACUCAAAACUGACUUUAACACUGUUAAGCCAGUUAUGAUUACAACUGUUGAUGGCGGACCGGAUGAGAAUCCGAGAUUUGGUAAAACGAUUUCCGUUGCCAUCCACACUUUCAAAUCAUUUGAUCUCGACGCUCUAUUUCUUGCAACGAAUGCGCCCGGAAGAUCUGCAUUCAAUCCGGUAGAACGAAGAAUGGCACCUUUGAGUCGGGAGCUUUCAGGGCUGAUACUUCCACAUGACAAAUUCGGAUCUCAUCUGGAUUCCCAAGGCCGAACUACAGACGAAAUGUUAGAGAAAAAAAACUUUGCUAACGCUGGUGAAACUCUCAGUGAAGUUUGGAGGAACCUCGUUAUUGAUGGCUUUAAUGUUGUUGCUGAGUAUGUAGAACCCGAUAAAUCUGAACUUUGCAUUUCGGAGAUGGUAUCAGUUGACGAACACUGGAUAGCUUCUCAUGUGAGGACUUCUCAGUAUUUGCUGCAAGUGGUGAAAUGCACGGACGCUGAAUGCUGCACACCGUUCCGCAGUAAGUACGGUACCUAUUUCCCGUACAGAUUUUUGACUCCUCCUGUACCAUUGACCUAUGAUCCACUGAUCACAUCACUAAGCGAUCCUGAAAAAUCAGGGUUAACAAACACAGGAAAUAACAUAAAAUUUUGUAAUUUGUUCCAAAACCUUGCGUUUUUCGAAGGAAUAGACAUUCCUUAUGAUACCUAUUGCCCAUCAGUACAUGACAAAAUAACGGAUCGUAGCUGCAAGGACUGUGGAAUUUACUUUGCAUCAACCACACUUCUAAAAUCCCAUAAGAAAGUACAUGGGAAAAAAUUAAGCAGCAAAAAACGAAAACCCGUGAAAGUUAUAUCUCAGAGAAACGAAGAGCUUCUUGUCAGUUUUGAUAUGGCUGAUGAAGAGGCGCUGCAAGCAGAAUGGGUCGAAGUGGACGAAUUACUGCUUGAUGGCGUAACUGUCCCCGAUUUUUACGACGAGGAGAUUAUACCUACGGUUAACUAUGCAGAACAUUUCAGAAACCGUUGGGAGAGUGACACAGCAUCCGAUGAGUGAAAACUAUCGUCGAACAAUGCCUGUUUUUGAUGAAACCUAUGUUAAACAACAUGUUAAAACAUUCCUG